AUGCGGCCGAAGUACCCGGUACUCGGUCAUCCUGGCACUAGCGCAUACACCGCAGUCUACAAUUCCGCUAAUAGUAAAUUGCAUGAAAUGUCCAAUGAAACUGCCAACGCAUCCUGUUUCCAUUGGUUAUCUAUCCCCCAUUCGGACUCAGAUUACCGGAUGAAAUCAUGCAUGCAUAGGCCGAUCGGGGGCUGCCGGAUGUUGGAGGUGAAUUUCCACGGUGUGAAACAUUUUACGGAGUUCCGUCUCAGAGUGAGGGUUGGAGGUGUCUGGGUGUGCACUCAAGGCUGGGGAAUGUUCUCUGGACUGGCUAUCCAGGUGGUUCAAAGUAGGAAUUUGCCCUUGAAGGCUGUCCAAGGCGUAGAAUGA